GCAUCAUGUAAUAAAAUUGUGUUAUAUGGUAGUGUGGCAAGAUGAUUUUCGUAAGUUUCCCCACUGCGCCGCUCACCAACAUUUUAGCGACGUCGAUGUUGGAUAUGUGCAUCACUUUCAUUUCCAUAAAUGUAGGCGGCUACCUCGGCAAACGCCAGUGGUGUUGAUAUAUGCGGUUAACAACUUUUUUAUGUAGACAUCUGUGGUGUUUCGCGCUGAUUCAGCCAGCUGGUCCUGAGCUAUGACUUUGAAUAUUUGUGUAUUUCGGCAUUUGAAGUGUUCUAGGAAUGCGUUCUUAUGAUCAUCUACUUGCUUAUUUGUUAUAAAUCCGCAGAGCCUUCCCUAUAAAACAUACAUUAAUUUUACCCAGUAACACCGCAAAAUGCUCAGAUGUAACGUGUCCUACGAAAAGCAUUCAGGAUAUAUGUUAAUGUGGCGUCUCUUAGCUGUCGCAUAUUCUGCUCCAACUUAACCAGCGGGAAUAGGCGCAACAAGUUAAAUGCGGGAAAUAAUCUAUAGGCGCUUGAUUUAAGACUUUAUUUCCUCUAACUGGCGGUAAUGGCAAAAAGUCACCGAACAGCAGAACGUUGAUUCAUCCGAAAAAGGCUUAGCUAUUUUUUAAUUGUUUCAGACGUGAGUCUCCUGUGCAUAUAAUCUCAUAGGGAACCAUUGAGAUCUAAUCUAUGAAGAGAGAGGAACUCAGUGUUCUUUCCAUUGCAGGUGCAUGGUUCUGUGGGAGUUAUCAAUCAAGAGUGGCAUGUUGACAAGGCUACAAUUUACAAUCCUUCUGUAAUGGCAACGUCAGCAAGCCGUGUAAUGUACUUCCGGUUACUAUUCGCGCUGCUACUCCAGUUAAUGUUCGAGCUUCUUCUUCUUUUAUAUCUUAAGGGCCCACUAUCAAUUUAUUGAUCAUUCUGGCUCCUAUGUAUGUAGAGUGAUUUGCAAUAUUUCUGCGCCUGGUAUUGAAGAGAGUAUUUCACUGGUUGCAAGGGCUACUCAGCGAGGGUAUCGUGAACUGGGGUUUGGAAGGCCUGAGGCAAUAGACGGAAAUGUGCCAAGUGUUGUCGGCUCAACUGUUCCAUUUAUAAGUUUGUUCCAGUUCAUGAUUGUUUUUGGCAGGAAUGAGCAGUUCCUGUACUGCGUACGGUCUUUGUGUGCCGCAACUGCCAGUUAUGGCCUCGUUGCUGUCUCUGGGGAGAGGGACGAGUUUCUGUUUAAUGCUGAGGCAGUGAACUAGCCCAUAAUUUAUAGUGUAAAUCAUGGAGAACCUGGAUAGUCGUCGUCGUUCCUCCAAUAGUGACCAGCCAAGUGUUUCCAGCAUGCUGCCAACACUAGAGGUAUUCCUGUAGCGGUUCAGGACAAAGCGUGCUGCCCGUCGUUGGACCGCCUCCAACCUUUCGAUGCUCUUCUGGCUGUGUGGGUCCCAAACUAAAGAUGCGUAAUCUAAAAUCGGCCCGACAAAGGCUUUAUAGGCUCUUCUUCUACAUGUUUUCAGUAGCAGCGGUUAAUUUGGUUCUUGAGAAGUGGUAAGUUUCUCUCGAUGAUUGUUAUACUACCUUUAUUUGUUGCCGUAUGCUGCCUAAGCAUGUUGAUGAAUCACUCUCUCUGGCCUAGAUUCGUGGCUUCUUGUGCACUUAGUAACUGUUCAUCGCUCAUUGUCUGCUCGUAUAAUUAUUUUUCUUAUUCGUGUUUUAUAUCAACUGAUGAUGAGUCGUAGACGAUCUGGAAUGCAUGUGUCUCCUUAAAUUUAAAUGCAUUCUCUAGUUGUCUUGCCUCACUCUUUGAAAUUUUGCAUGUCUGCAUUGAUUUCUUUCAGGGAUUCCUCACGAGCAAGACAGGCUCUCUUACUCUGUAGAAGUCUUGUAGCAAAUUUUAUGGCAUGUAUUGCAAAAGGAGACUAUAAUACAAGUUCUCUUGUUCUGAAGAAUCAACUAAGUGUGGUACUGUUACAACUAUUGAGACAUUUCUUAUUGGCAUCUUUGAAUUGUCGGUAAGCUGAAUUAUUUUCCUCCGUUUUCCUCAUUUACAGAAAGUUAUGUAAAAAAAAAAAAAAAUAUUUGAGCACGAGACAGCCAUAACUUUCCUACAUUAUUUUUACAAAAUGCUCUUUGGUUCAUAAUGUCUUAUGUUUAAAUUAUAGAUUUUAUACCAGAAAAAAAUGUGUUCUUCCUCUUCUCUUUUUACACGUCCUUUUAUUUGAACCAGUGUUUAUGGAAUUAAUUGCUAAAUAAUAUUGUUUUCAUGGGAUUACUAAUAUAACAGUUCCUGUAUAGUUUCACUCUGUUAAAGGAUUUAGAACUAUGUAUUAAUAUCAAUCCAUUUAGUGCAGUGGCUCUCAAACUUUUCCGACAAUCGCCCCCUUUGGCCAAUAAAGUCGUUCUGACAAAUAUUUUCUGAAUCAAAAUACAAAUUUUCAUGAGCCUCUAAGUUAAUUAAUUACACAACUAAAUGUAAAAGUGUAACAUAUAUUUGAAAAUUAAAUUUAAACUCAAAUGAAAUUUUCCACUUUCAUUACGUCCUGCUAUUCCCUUUGGCCAAUAUCUCAAAACCCCCCUAAAAUCUUUUUUAAAUAACGUUGUUUGAUAGUGCGAACUUAAGUUUAAAUGUAUGUUAACUGCACAAAACGUCGGUUUAGAUGUUAUUCUUUUGAUGUAGGAAUUCUGUUUUUUUAAAUAUAGUUCAGGAGCAAGGCAAAAUUUUGUGUAAUUUUUUUUUUAUUGAAGAUAUCAUUUCAAAUACGUUAAUGUUACAGAUAUUUAAAUUGGUAAAUAUAUUACAUUUCGAAUUUAAAAAUAUGUUUUCUUUUUAGUAACUGAAGAUCAUAGGCGUGAAAAAGGAUUGGACAAGCAUCUUUUAUAUGGAAUAUAAAAAAUGUCUCAAAACCCAAUGAUAAUAGAAACGUCAAUAUCUACACACAGACAUAGAUGCUACUUUAAAACUAUGGAAAGUUUGCUUUACUGUUUUCUAAAAAUAGGCCUAUAAUUUUCAUUGGAAAAGUCAGAUUUUUUUUUUUUUUUGUUGUUGUUGCUGUUUGUUUGUUUGUUUUUGAGGAUUUAAAAAAUCAACACCCGAUUCAGUAAAAUACGUAGUUUAGACCUCGCAAUAAGUCAUUAGUACCCGAGUAACACCAGGAAAGUUUGCUUUACUGUUUUCUAAAAAUAGGCCUAUAAUUUUCAUUGGAAAAGUCAGAUUUUUUUUUUUUUUUUUGUUGUUGUUGCUGUUUGUUUGUUUGUUUUUGAGGAUAUAAAAAAUCAACACCCGAUUCAGUAAAAUACGUAGUUGAGACCUCGCAAUAAGUCAUUAGUACCCGAGUAACACCGGGUCAUGGAGUCACAUCUUCUCUAAUACUUUAUUUUAGGCUGUUACUUUAUUUUUAUUUUGUUCCUUAUUUUCACAUUUGUGUUCGCAGAUGAGGGGCUCUUCUUCAAUAUUUCGUUUCAUUAUUUUUCACCUGCCCAGUAACUUAGUUAGGGUUAUCACCGAUGGGGCGGGCCUUGAAUUUUGCGCCCCCACCCUUUUUUUUCCCACGAUAAAACUUUGCAGCAUGCCGAUAAUACCAUCCCUCAAAAUUUCCCAAGCCUCCCUUGCCUUUACUUUAAACAAUAAGAACCGAACUUUAAUUAUUUUUUAACCUUCAUCACCUUAGGAAUAUCCUAAAUAUGCCUUAUUUUGAACAAUAACAACCAAAUGAAUGUCAAUUAUUUUUAACAUUCGUCACCUGGGGAAUAUCCUAAAUCUCCCUUAUUUUAAACAAUAACCAAAUGUCAAUUAUUUUAGCCUUCAUUAUCUGGGAAUAUCCUAAAUCUGCCUUAUUGUGAACAAUAAAAACCAAAUGUCAAUUAUUUUUAACAUUCGUCACCUGAGGAAUAUCCCAAAUCUCCUUUAUUUUAAACAAUAACAACCGAAUGUCAAUGAGAGUGAUUUCUGAAUUUAUUUUUAGCCUUCGUCAUCUGAGGAAUAUCCGAAUUUAUUUCCAGUACGUUGCAACAUCCUGUAUUCGUUAAUUGCCGUAACACUAAAUAAAGAACCGAAAUAUGGAAAAACAAAAAAAGAAAGUGUAAUAUCUGUUACAAAUUACAGAAUAUGUUCCUGUGUAUAUGGUUAGAUCUAAGUAUACGAAAUACAAUCUUUUAAAAAAACAGAGGAGUCCAAUAACCAAAUAAACUGUUUUUAGUGACAGAAGUUAUGGACAUCGCUGGCCUACAAUGCUAUUUUAUCUAAGUUAAAGAUUGAUUUUUUUAAGCACGGAUUAUGGACAGCGACACCUAAGUGGUAAAAAAUGAAAAAAAUAAAGAUCUAUUCGAGAACAUAUGUUUGACAUUUUUGGCGCAGCGCAGGGGCGUCAUUUUGGUAGGGCUGGGUGGGGCAUUUGCCCCCCCCCCCCCGACUUUUCAGGUUUUAUUAGGUAAAAAAUGAAAAAAAUAAAGAUCUAUUCGAGAACAUAUGUUUGACAUUUUUGGCGCAGCGCAGGGGCGUCAUUUUGGUAGGGCUGGGUGGGGCAUUUGCCCCCCCCCCCCCCCGACUUUGCAGGUUUUAUUUUAAUAGCUAUGUACUUUGGCGCCUGGAGUAAUAAACUUGAACAAGCCGAACAAGUUUUGUUUUGGGAAAAAAACUGAAAUGACGCCACUGGCACAGCCUGACGAACAAAGAGGUCAAUCUAAAUCAAAAAAAAAAAUAAAAAGUAAAAUUCCCCCAAAAUCCCCAUAAUAAGCCUUUUGCUUAAAACAGUAAUUAUCUUUAGAUGUAUUUUAUUAGUUUUAAUAGAAUAAUUAAAAUACAAGUAGGCCUGAUAACAAGUUUUAGUGUUCUAAUGUUCGUAACAUGUCAUUUCCUAUUACUGUUACCCAUAAUUCCUCACCACUUUUAGGUUGGUGUAAUCCCUUGUUGUUUUGUCCCAUUUCUCGUAGAAACGCCCAAGAUUCGUAAUUUAUUCAAAGUUUCAGGUAACAAAAAUCGUAUUUACUGUUAUAAAAAUCGUUAUCUAUAUUAUAAAUUUAAAAUGAAAUGGCCGGCCUUAAUUCGUGACUUUCAUGGUCAGUAACCGGCCCGACAAAGAGUUUCAUACGUUCGACUGUGAUUGUGUGUGCUUAAGCCAUAGGCUAUUCAUUGUUAUCUCAUGGGGAAGGUUGGAGAGGCUUAGGUUUAACUUUUUUGCUGCGUGAAUAAUUGCUGAAGAAUGUAACAGUUCGAAAAAAAAAACACUUAUUUAUGACCUCUAACUUAUCUAACUUUUAAGAUGAACAAAUUAAGGAAGGCAUUUCGAUCGCUCGACAUUUGCCCACCAUCAUGACCUAUGCCCUUAAAGCCGGCUUCUUUGUCUGGUUAAGAACGCUAAUAUUCGAAAUCACUAUGCAUUUGCGAUGAAAAACUAUUUUGUUUUAAAUUGCAAGCGAGUGAAAGUCACGCAACAUACAUUGCAGUUGUAGGCUUAGUAAAGGCGUGUCGAUGCUGAGAUUGAAGGUUAUAUUAUGCCGGCAUGUGCCACGUGGUUGAUUCGCAUCCAUUUAUUUUCCUUUGUUAUUUGAAUUCUUAUGAUUUAAUCGUGUGCCAAAAAUAAUUAGCGUAUAUAAACAUAUAUAAUCUGGGUUUAACAUAUUUCAAUAUAAUAUAGGCUUCUUUAAAUUUAUGCCAGUUUGAAAGAUACAAAAUAAUUGGGGAAAAGUUGCGUUAAUCGGAGAUCCCCAAACAAUUCUAACACACAUAUAUAUAUUUAAUAUAAAUAUAUGUAUUAAUAUAUUAAUUUUUUUUUUUAAAAUAGGCCUAUGUUGAUUUUGUUUUGUAUAGAUGUUUUCUUGUAUUUAUUGAGUUUUUUUUGCUUGUUCUUUUUCUUCUUUUUAGGGGGAGCGGGUUGGGGCAUGGCUGUCUUUUAAGUCAUGGCGAUACUGGGAAGUUGCCCAAUGAAUCCCACUAAGACACGCUUCUAGGGACAUCAUGCUUCCAUAUUGUUUAAAAUAAUGUUAGUUCACAGAAAUAUGAUGAAGAAAAAACAAAAAGUAGCCAGGUUUAACCUAAACAAACUGAAUAGAACUAGUCCCCAACAAAGAGCAGAAUUGUACAGUUUCUUGUCUUUUAUUUUACAUCUCGUUUGCAUGACAGGGUAUCUUUUUUUUUUUUAAACCAAUUUUAAGCACACCCAAAUCAUUUUUUAUUGAAGUAGUUUCAGCAACAAAAUACUUGAAAUAAAGUAUAAAAAAUUAUAAAACAGCAUACUGGUAACUAAUUAGUUACAAUUAAAAAUGAAGGAUUUGACACUCAUAUUAAAGGACACGUAAAUCCCCCCUAACAUCUUUCUUCUUGUUCUCCGAGUAAGUGUAGAAUAAUGUAGAAUGGUGGAAAUCUAAAUUCAGGUAUGGGCCAAAAUGCAUCCCUGCAAUUUAAAUUUAUCAAACCAUUUCUGGGGAGGGGCAGUAAUAAGUUAUAAAACCAUUCCUAGCUCCCCUCUAUGUUCCCAAAAUAAUGUAUUAUUCAUGACAAUAUUUAUAACAACUUUUAAAGGAAGAUAAGAACACAAUAAAAUGUUAUAUUCUUAUUUGUAAUUGAGCUUUUAAUUAAAAUAUUAAAAACAAUUAACUUUAUUUAAUUCAGGAAUAAAUUGAUUAAAUAUUAUUAUGAUAAGCACAUAUUAUUUAAAGUAAGAUUAUUAUACGCACUUAGUAAUAUUCUAUUAUUUAUACAUCACGCAAAUAUGAUCACUUUAUGUUUUGGUAGGGUUCUUUUACAACACUCUUAAAUCAAAACUUUCAGAAAUAUUGCUUAUAUUUCUUUGCAAGAGAUAUUUUAUUGACCAAUUUCCAUAGUGUAAAAUAAUGACAUGAAAUGUAUUAAAUUUACUUCCGCAAUCAAACAUCCAAGUACGAUCUCUGAAACUUUGGGUUAAGCUUGGAAUGAGCUAUUCAUCAAGACAAUCCAAUUCAUCUAAACUCAACAUGGAUUUAUACCCAAAUCUAAAAAUCAAUUAAUGAAUAUCGGAUGAUCACUCAUACAUAAUUGUAUGUACCAUAUUAAAAUGGCCACAAGAUGUUUAAGCAGUAGCGUCACUAUGGGCUGUGGACCGCACCGGAUGACACCCUCGCAGGAAUAUGAUACCAACUGCGAAAUAGUAAAUUGAUAAUGUUCACUCAAUCUCAUUUCAAAAAUGAACAUUAGCAGGGUAUCACUAAAUCAAGGUACCACAAGAACAGGUGGCCACCAGAACAGUCUCACCACUGCAGGUUGCCACAAGAAAAUGGGGACAGAGGUUGUCACCACAACUAGGUGUCAAGUGGCAGAUAAGUGUGACAUCAGAGUAGAUGCCACGAGAAAGUGUAUCAGGUCAAGUUGCAAAACUGAAAAGGUAUCCACCAGACGCGGCAGACACAAUGAGGUGUGUGGGGAGGUCUGGUAAGGAGGAGUUGGGCACCAUGGGUUUACCACACUGGGUAACACCAACCCCAAACCUAGUGAAGCCAUUUGCCAUCUUAACAUCCCCUACCUUUCUCAUUAAGGUCCGACGGGAUUGAAUAUUGGACAAUAUCCCUAAUAAUCGGAGUUAAUUUAGAUUGGAACAUAGAGUUAAUUUGAGAAGUGAAGGUACAGUUAAUUCGUUAGGUUUAAUAAGAUUGACAUCAUAUCCCAUAUGAUUAUAAAUUGACGUUACACACUCAACUUACACACGAGACUUACACACUUGCAACUGUUAAAAUAAAUAUACUUUCCGUUUUUAUCUACCAGAUUUUGGCACUUAAUGAAACAAUUAAAAGUAAAGAAUAUUUUUUUAAUACUUUUUUUUUAAUGCGGCAUCAACCUGUUUUUAGUGGUUACGUUUUCAAAAAAAUGAUAACUACCGGGAGUCAAUCGCACAUUCGACGCUAUUCUCCGACUUAUGAAAAGGACGUUCAAUUGACUUCUGUGCCAAGACUAAAAAACUUUCAUGAAAACGGACACAAAAUAAAAUGAUACUUAUAUUUAGAUUCGACCUGUCGAUGUGGCCAUCUCUGACAAAGUGACCUGUCCGCAUGGCCAUGUCUGAAAACGUGACCUGUCAGCAUGGCCAUCUCUGCCACAAGGUGACCUGUCUGCAUGGCCAUCUCUGACAAGGUAACCUGUCAGCAUGGCCAUCUCUGACAAGGUGACCUGUCAGCAUGUCCAUCUCUGUCAAAGCAUCGCUCUCGAUAAAUGUAAAAUAGAUAAUCGUAUGAAAAACUGACAUUGUAUGCGGAACCAGCAGAGUAGAUAAACUUGAUGAUUUAAUUUCUAACUUCUGAAUCCAGUGAAUGUGUCUAUAGCGCUAUGUCGGCGGCUCCUAUUUAAAGUGAUUUCAAUACUUGUGUCCAGUAUGUGAUUUCGCCUUAAUAUUAAUAAGUAACUUUUUUUUAAAAAUAGCUCCUUGUAAUGUUUUACUGAUGUUUUGAAUGAGCUAUUCAUCAAAACAACUUGAUUAAUUUACAACUUUACAUAGAUUUGUCAUGACUCUAUUUUCUAGGCCGAUAAUGAUCGAUAAUUUUUAAAUAAAUUUUUUAAUUGUAUAAUUUUAAUUUUAAAAAAAAGUUAUUCCACUGUAAUCCCCACCACCAUCUUUGGAUACUGAGCUUUUUACAGCCCCCCGCCCUGCCACCCCCAUCUCUCACAGCCCCUUAGGGUAGAUAUCACACACUUUAUGAACCACCGCUCUAACGUGUUCUUAAAUUAUUUUGUUUUUCUAAAAUUGUUUUACUUUUCUUUUUUUAACAGGUGUCCACAUCGACUGAGUUCAUCCCCUACAUCCCAGACAAAAGAGAGAGGCUCGCUAAACAAAGCUGAUUUGACAAUAACAGAUUCCAUUUCAUCGCUGGGGAAAGAAGACAGAAAAUAGAAACAAAGAAAACGCAUCCAUCAAAAAUUUAUUUAGCUCCCUUAAGACAUAAUUAUGAAGAUGGCCAUAGAAAUAAACAGAUGCUCCUGACAUUAGAUCAUGGAGGAGCAUAUGCAAAAUCAGGAAACUUUGCUUGGAUGAUAAUUGUAAAAGAUACUUUAAUCCCCUUUGAUACAGGAUAAGCCUUCAUUCAGAAUUUUGAGUGAAAGAUUCAUUUUAAGUUGUGGCUUAAUGAAGACAAAGUUACUCGAGUUUUCUGCUUCGUUAUAGAUCCAUGAAAUGGUGAGAUUAUUAUUAUUUUUUUUUUAAAUUUUGAUCAUGUUUAUAUUAGCAAUAAUUACCUCACCUUGCACAAUUGACUUUUGGCAGUGGCGUCACUAUGGUUGGUGUUAACGGGUGCGGUAAAUAAAUGGUAUCCUCCAAACUCCCCCCCCCCUCCCAGUCAUCCACAUGAACCCUUACAAACUCUAGCGACGCCAUUGUUCUGGAAGUAACCUUCUCUUUAAAAAAAACAACAACCUGAGAUAUGUUAGGAAAUCGAAAAGCGAUAUGAAAAAUUUGAAUUCUUUCUCUUGGCCUACCUGCUGUGGAGUUUGUCACUAGGUGCAAUCCACACCACCUAGUGACGCCCCUGCCCUUUGGACAAGCAUGUAUGUAUCGUCCUUUUCCUUUUGCAAAGCAUAAAAUUGAGAGUAAAAAACGAUCAAGGUCUAAAUUGACGAUGAACUCUUUUUUUUCCAAGUUGUGUGACUGUAUUUCUAAAAUGUCCGCUCAACACAGGAGACUUGCAUGCAGGUAACUAUCCUUCUAAACAUAUCCAUUACAGUUAGCAAGUACAUUCAAGAUCAAAUCAUCACCCCGCCCCCGCCCCCAUCCCCAAAAAAAAAAAUUUUAAAAAAUGAAAUUGAAAUAAAUAAAUAAGAAUUUGAUCCCUUGUCGCAGGCCCCCAAACUGGCAAAAGAUCUCUCAUUUGUACUUGGGUUGAUUCGACACUCCCGAAUUGACUAUCGAUUCCAACAAAGUUGAGCAAAGAAUAGGCAUCUCAACGAGAAGUUAAUUUGAGCAUUGCUCGCAGCACAUAAAAGUCUCAAUAAGGAAAUCUGCUGACACAAGAUCGUUCUUCACUACCAUUCAAGGGCAUUCGAGUAUCCCGAUACACGAAAAGUAAUAGAAUUAUAGGGAGAAAAAGAAAGUGUAAACUUGUCCAAUGACCAUAAUCAUCAAACAAUGGAGGGUGGUAAAAUUUCAGAAAAAAUGCAUUCCGUUAUUUUUUUUUAUUUUUUUGUUUUUUGUUUUUGGUAUGACAUUUCUAAUUUUCAGGCAACGACAACCCCCCCCCCCCCAACCCCAACCCUGAAGGGGUUGCGCCCAUCCUUUUGAAAACCAAAAAAAUGCUUUCUUUUUUUUUUUUUUUUUUUUUUUUUUUUUUUUUUUGGAAUAAAAUUUUUAAUUUUAAGGAAACAAAAACCCCCCCCCCCCCCAACCCCAACCCUGAAGGGGUUGCGACCAUCAUGUUGAAAACCACUGUGCUAACUAAUCAAAUAUAACGGGGGGAAAAACUAAAUCAACUAAAACCUUUUUUUUUAGUUGUAUAAUUAUACAAAUACAAUCAGUUAUCAGUAUUUUUUUUUAAUGACAAGCCCACGUUACGUCUAAGAGGAGAGACCUUUCAAUGCUAGGUGAACGAAUAUAUGGUGCAAAUAAAUGUCGCUUUUGAGUGGUUACAUUAAUAAUUGGAAAAUAUAAAAUAAUUUUGUGAAAAGAACCCACUUUUGCACCCAAAAAAAAUGGUCGCGGGGGAGCUGUUCCACCCUCCGGUUACGCUACUGAUGCAGUAGAAAUCGCAUGAAGAGUGGGAUCGGUUAUACAUGUUUUCAGAUGCCUCCACAUUGCCUCUGGAGCACCGAUGUACGGAGCAUGUGUAAAAUUGUUGAUGUCUUAUGUCAUUGUUGAUCAGCUCCUGUUGUCCUCCAGUCACGAUAGCUUUAUUUACAUAAUCGAAUCUUUCAUGCUGUAUCUGUAGAUGUACUUGUUGGCUGUAACAGAUUGCAGAUCUCAAUAUUUAGAUAAGCAUUAUUUUUAUAUAAUACUUAAGUAGCAGAAAUAGAUUUUAGGGUACAACAUAACGACUUUCCAUCGCCGUCACAGUCUCUUACUUAAUCCUAAAGUGCGCAGCAACGAAGAGUAAGAAAAUAACAUUUUUUAUGAGAUUUUCUCUUGAAUGGAUGACUGUAAAAUUUCUUCUGACAGACUCCAUCUUCCAUUCAUGGAGCAUAGUGAUUGGUGAUCUCGUAGAGUCCAUGUAUAUUGGAGCAUGUGAAUCUUCCUGAAAUUGGGUACAUUUUGAAGCAUUUGGUAUUGCUGAACAUAACAAAAAAUCAUUAAUUCAUUAAAAUUUAGGCAUUGGAAAGUUCCCCUCUGCUCAAUGCGUGAUAAAACAUUGUGUAUUUCACAAACCAUGCUUUUGAAAUUCGAUAGAUUAAACACUGGGCUGAUUUUUUUUUUUUUUAAUAUAUAAUGCUCUGAUAAAUCACCACUAUAUUACUUUAGCUUCACCUUGAAUUAGAAGACGCGAACUACCAAAUCAGGAAAAUCAAUUGCCUCCUCGCAAUUUCUAUUUACUUUGGUAUAGCAUCGUUGAAUGGAUCUUCAAUGUUCAUCGUGGAUACUUCAAAACAUGAUGGCUGAAUCAAAGCGCCUUCUGACUUUUUUGAAAUUCUAUUUUGGUGCUCUCUCCCACGAUUAGGAUUCUUAGAACAACAGGAAGUGCAUAAGAUGUUAAGUGUCAGAAUACAUGAGCACUAACAAGAUCUUCAACAAAAUGAAUAGCUUCUCUCCGUAUUGUUUGACUUUGCAUGCCUGCUUUUCAUUCUUUCCUUCGGUAUUGAGCUCAGAUUUUUACCUCUUGUUGCAUUUGAUAAUUCUGUUCGACCUCUCACUAAAGUCAUCGGUAAUAACUCGCAGCCAGCCGUUCUUAGGCAUAGGCAAAAAAUGUCGACUGCCAAAGGCCCCUCUGCCAAGGGGGUCUCCACCGGGCGCUUUUUUUUUUAGCCUACAACUUGAAAGUCCAAAUAUUUCAGAAGUACACAUUUUCCCUAGUGGCGGAAUUAUCAGUAUGGUUAGUGGUUACACCCGAACAAAGAGGAAACAGUGACGAAGGCAUAAUGGCGGUGCCGCAGUGAUGGGUGGUGUUUUCUCCUCAGCUCCGGGGGAGCUCCGUCCCCCGUACCCCUCCUUCCGGGGCCCCCUACCAACGCUCCAUGCCUAGGGUGCCCAAAAUCCCAAGAAUGGCUCUGCUUGCAGCACUAACCUGUCAAUGCACUUGACCUUCAACGGCUGGUUCUUUUAUUACUCGCCAUCGGUACUCUUCAGAUUUGCUUUUCACGUGAGUCAAGUGUCACUUGGCUUUGUCUCGCUCUACAUCUUCACAGUAUGUUCUACUGAGGCGAAGCUUAAGAAUUUAGAUCUUAUGUCAAUAUAUAUACACACACAUAUAUAUAUAUAUAUAUUAUAUAUAUAAUUUGUGUGUAUGUGUGUGUGUGUGUGUGUGUGUGUGUGUGUGUGUGCGUGUGCGUGUGCGUGUGUGUGUGUCUAGAUAAGAUACAUUCCUUCAAGUUUUUUAGAUCACUACAUAGAAGGAAUUUUUAAUAUCGGCUUGACCUCAUGAAAAGUACAAUAUUUAAUUUAGAUAAAUAUUGGUCUUUGGUCUUUUUUUUAGAGGGGGUGGGGGGCCGUGGAGCAAUAAUAAAUAUCAUUUUCGCUGUAGUAUUGCUAAUAGUAUGUAUGCUUGAAAUUGAAAAAGCGGGCGUGUAACACACUCACUGAAAGCAACAAAAAAUCAAAACAACUAAGCCUCUACUAGGCAUGUGUGCUCAGUACCCUGCUUUAUUGGAAUGAAUUUUAGACCAUAUACAACAGUCACAAACGGAAAAUCAACAGCUUCCACCAAAGAUGUCUGCGGUGCACUUUAUGCAUUCGAUGGCUGGGAAAAGUGCCUAGUACAGAGGUUCUGGAACGCGAUUAACUGUGCAGCAUGUUCUCGGCUCUUAGUAAAAGCUGCCUUUACAGGUUAGGGCAUGUAACGAUAAUGAUGGAAGGUCGUAUCACAAAGGACAUGCUGUAGGGAGAAUAGUCAGAGUGGGACACGACUUAUUGGACCCCGAGGCUGUUCUUUAUGGACGUAUGCAAAAGAAACACGAGUGAAGCCAACAUCGAAAUUGGUGGAUGGGAGAUCAUUGCUUAUCGUAGUUCUGGCUGGCAAACAGCAGUAUUUGUGACAGAAGAUGCGCGAAAUGAGGCUGAAGCAAUAAAAAGAGCAUUAAGGAAAGCCAAAGUAAAGCAGAAGUCAAGGUUCUCCGUCGAGAAUAGCAGCUGAGCCCGCGAUUCCAGGAUCGGCCUCUUAAGCCAUUCAAGAAAGUGUCCAUGAGCUAAUCCAUCGUCUCAGGAAGAUCGACUGAUGUCAAAUAUAAAUAUGCUAGAUGUAUUAUAAAAAAAAUUAAACAAGGUAGCUAUUUCGAGGGACAUAUUUUAAGUUAAUAUUAUUUAAAUGUAUGUUUCAUACUACUUAUUUCUAAUGUUUACAUUAUUUUUACAUUUAUUUUUGCCCGUAAUUUGGAGUUAUUACUAGUUAUUAUAGUUAGUACGUUUUAUAAACAAGUCCUCACCUAUUUUUCCACAGAAAGGGGUCGUGUUAAGGAACACAGACUUCAAGAAAAUCACUUUGCAAUUCUGGUAAGUUUUCCACUCUCCGUACCUUGCCAACAGCGAAGAAUUUAUUCCCCACCCCAAAAAGAUUUUUAUAAAAAAAAAAAAAACAUACACACUCAGAACUUAGGACAUGUUUUACUACAAAUGAAAUAUAUCGGGAAAAUAAAUACAUAAGCAGUGAAUGUUGAUAUAAUAUUUUAAGAAAUCAGAAAAAAAUGUCGUCUACUAAUUAAAAUGACAUAAUUGAAAUACAGGUACAUCGGAUUUUUGUAUUGCAGAAUUAAAAGUGAAAGAAUACAAUGUCAUACUGUAUACUGUGCAGCUGCUUACAUCCUCCUGAGACGAAACCAAAUUUAUGUUAAGUGGUUGUCAAAUUGGUUCUUUACCACCUGGCAGAGAUAGUUAAGUGUUAUAUGUCAUGUUUGAGAAAGGUUCGGUGGGAUUAUCAAAGGGGGCCAUGUUGAAUUAUGUCAAAAAACCAUUGAAAAAUUAUUAUUUAUUUCUUAUAACGAUGGAUUUAGAGACCGCCGAAUUACGGUUCGGCGCCGAAAGUUACCACUUGAUCCCUUUCGGCCUAGUUUCAGUUUCGGCCGAAAGCGAUUGAGACUUUCGUGUCUGCCGGCAAUCCGAUAUUCAUUACUGCUCGACGUCUUGCUUCAUCGGAUGUUAUAUGAUUAAUACUCUGGGAAAACUGCUCACAGCUGUUUGAUGACUUACUUGUCCUAUAUUUCCAAAAAAUUAAAUUUCAAUCAGGCCUAGGCAAAUGUAAACAGUUUUGUGGAAGUAAAACUAAUGGCAUGGUAAUAUUUAUAUCAUUGAUUUUGUUAUAUUUUUUUCAAAAAUAAAAAUUUGGAACUCUAUGUUAAUUCAAUUCCUCCUUUUGUGAUAUUCAUUUUGAUUAAUCAUUAUCAUGCGCAUCAAUUUUGUCAUAGGCAAAGGUGAAUAAUAUUGAAAAAUCCUAGGAAUUGGUAAUAUUUCCAUUAUUAUUUUCGUUUCAUUUUUUACCUUUUUUUUUUUAAAAAGGAAACUUAGGCUUUUUCAAUGCAUUCAUGUCUUGAAAUUCAUUUUAAUCAUGCUCAUAAACAUUGUUAUUGACAAAAUAACACGCGUGUGCAUGUAUAUUACGAGUUAGUAUUAUAAUUAUGUAGUAGGCCUACUGCAAACCUGUUUAUAUGACGUUGGCGACAAUUUGCAUGUCUUUUGCGAUUCAUCGAGACCCGCCAAUACAACAAGUGGGGGUUAGGGAGAUUGGUUGCCGAACGAAAUAAUUACGUCACCAGCACGGAAAUACUAAUGUGUUAGCAUUAGGCUAAUAAAUAUUAAUUCAGGGAUAUCUGGCCAGCUAUUUAAUGAAAACACAAAACAUUAGUAUGACGAUAACAGUGAAAAAUUAUGAUAUUUGAAUAGCUUUUAAAUGAUAUUUAUUGACUCUAUUAAAGCGAAAAUAAUAUUGUAGGUAUUAUCAG